AUGCAGCGGGUACUUAGCUUUCAAAUGGUUCGUGGGGUUAACGAGUCUCGCGAGUUUGUGACAAAACGUAUGUGCUUUUCGUUUAUAUUAUCGAUCGGAUUUCUUACUUUCUUGGGUGGAUAUACACUUGGUCGUUUUGUCAUGAUAAGAGCUAUGGAAUUUCGUGCUGAAAAAAGGCGCCUUGAAUUAGCGGGAAACGGGCUAGAAAAUACGGAACAUCUCCAACGUUUCAUGCUCAAGCAACUGGAAAGGGCGUCUCUUGAUCCUGAUUUUGAAAUGAAAUGGGAUUCCUUCAAUUUAAAGGAAGAUGAUAUAUAUCAAGUGAAUAAUAUUCUAUCGAAUUUGUCGCUUAUUGAAAAGGUCGUCAAAUGUCAAUCGCACAUCGUGGCAACCGCUAGAGGAGCCAGAGAGCCUGAUAGGUACGUAGUUUUAUCUGCUAGCGGUGAAGGUGUCGGGAUCGCUUUAAAAUUGGCAAAAAUUUUCAAUCAAAUCCAAGAAGAAUGCACGUGGAAACCUCGUAGAUCUAUUAUUUUUUGUUUAUUCUCCGCAUCUUCAAAUCCUUGUCCAGAAAUAUUAUCCAGCUUUCUGCCUCACAAGAUUGUGGCUUAUAUUGUAGUAGACCAUCAAGCUUUACAAGGUAAAGGCCACUUUAUUGUAUCUGGAUCAGAUAUUGUACAGUUUAUGGUUUUAGAAUCUGCUAGCAUUGUAAAAGACUGGUUUUCUUAUGAUAAUCAGUUAUUGUCCUCAAACAACACAUUUUACAAUGUUACAACUUCCCGGCUAGCUUUGGACAUACCUCAUGCAGUACUCUCUUAUGUGAAUAAUAAUAUCACAUGCAAUGAAGAUCAUCAUGAGAGGGAAUUGCAUAAAAUAAUUUUAGUACAAAUAGUUGGUCAAACUAUUUGGAAGUUCUCUGAAUCUUUAAUAAUAAAAUGGAACCCUAGUUAUUUUAAUAACACUGCCCUUGACAUAUUAAAAUCUAUAAACAAUACUGAAUUGUUGGAUGUUAAAGAGAAAGUACAACGAACCUUGGAUAAAUUGUUAACUAGCAUUAAAAUUUGUAAUAAAAAAAUUGAUACAGUUGACAACAUCAACACACUUGACACAAGGAUACUAAAUGAUUUAAUGAUGGAUUUGGAUAGAAUUCUUCUAUGUCCUGAUAAGCAAAAUCAAUCCAGAACUGAUUGGUCAAAAUUUUUUAGAUUGAAUCAUGAGUCUUCAGACAAAAUCAUAAUGUACAUGAACGAAGUGGUGAAGUGUUAUGAAAAUGCUAUACAAUUUUUACAAGAUCGAUAGAAAAAAUAUAAAAGUACAAAACAUUA